ACAAAGCAUUGAAUGCUCACUAAACUCUCAGAGCUCGAACACACAGAGACAGAAGCACGUCGAUUCCAUGGGCAAUUUCGCUUUACAAUUCCAACUUUUCCUCCAAGCACGUACACCUAUACACACACAGAGACACACACACGCACACUUCGUGUCUAUAUAUCCGCAUUCCCCUUUCCAAACACCUUACCUCUGCAUACACACUUCCUGUCUAUAUAUACCACACUCCACUCCCCAUAAUCAUAUUCUCUCUCAUUUCAUUCCACUCUCACUUUCUCUCUCAUUUCAUUCCACUCUCACUUUCUCUCUCUAAAGCUAACAGCACUCUCAAAUUAGGGUUUUGCGAUUUCUUCGGAGAUGGAAGCCAAGAAGCCUAUAGCUAGGUGUGGCCUAGCAUCAAAAGGCAAGAAGAUUCAACUUCUUACGAAUCACUAUAAAGUGAAUGUUAAAAAUGUCGAUGGACAUUUUUUUCAGUAUACUGUUGCCUUUUUCUAUGAGGAUGGCCGUCCAGUUGAAGGUAAAGGUAUUAAAACCCAAGUGCUUGAUUGUGUUCAUGACACAUACAAGGCUGAGGUGGAAGGGAAAGACUUCGCUUAUGAUGGUGAAAAGAGUCUGUUUACAGUUGGAGCUCUUCCUAAAAACAAGCUUGAGUUCACUGUUGUGCUUAAGGAUAACUCAUCCAAUAGGAACAAUCAAUCUAAGUCUUACAAGGUUGAGAUAUCCUUUGCUGCGAAGAUUCCUAUGCAGGCCAUUGCACAAGCUUUACGUGGUCAGGACUCGAAGAACUCUCAGGAGGCCAUAAGGGUUCUAAAUAUCAUCGUCAGACAGCAUGCAGCUAAACAGGGAUGCCGUUUUGAACGCCAGUUGUGCUUUAACGUGAAUGAGUUUUCUGAUUUGGGGGGUGGCGUCCUUGGUUAUCAUGGAUUUAAUUCAAGUUUUCGGACCACACAGGGAGGUUUGUCACUAAAUAUAGACAGCAUAAUGGUUAUUAAGCCUGGACCUGUUGUUGAUUUCCUGAUAGCCAAUCAGAAUGCCAAGGAUUCAUUUUCUCUUGACUGGGCGACGGCCAAUCAAGUGCUGAAAGGUUUAAGGGUGAAGACCAGUUCAACUAACACUGCGUACAAGAUUACAGGACUCAGCGAUGAAAUCUGCAAAAAACUUAUGUUUUCGAUGAAGCGGAGAGGUGAAAAAGAUGAGAAUGGGGAACCACUAAUGACUGAAUUAUCUGUUUAUGAUUAUUUUGUAAACAUUAGAAAUAUUCCUCUGUGUUACUCUGGUGAUCUUCCCUGCAUUAUUGUUGGAAACCCCAAGCGUCCAACAUAUAUCCCUCUAGAGCUUUGUUCACUGGUUUCCUUGCAACAUUAUCCAAAAGCUCUUACCACUCUUCAACCAGGGUCAUUGGUGGAGAAAUCAAAGCAAAAGCCCCAAGAUAGGAUGACAACAUUGACAAACGGUCCACAAAUCAACAAUUAUGCUGACGAGCCUUUGUUGCGUGCCUGCGGUGUUUCUAUUAUUAAUAAGUUCACUGAAGUAGAUGGGCGCAUGCUGGCAGCACCUAGGAUACGGGUCGGACAUUUAGAAACCAUAGCACCCCACAACGGUCGCUGGAAUUUCAGCGAAAAGAAACUCUUGCAGCCUACAACAAUUAGUGAAUGGGCUGUUGUCAACUUCUCUGCUAAGUGCAACAUGCAAUCCCUAAUAAAUGAUCUUAUAAAAUGCGGGGAGUUAAAAGGAAUGAAUUUUUUGAGCUCUCCUGUGGUGAUCGAGGAAAGUCCACAGCACAGGCGGGAUUCUCCUCUUGUUAGAGUUGAAAAGAUGUUCAAAUUUUUGUUCUCAAAACUUCCAUACGCCCCACAAUUUUUGCUCUGUGUACUUCCUGAGAGGAAAUCACCUCUAUAUGGUCACUGGAAAAGAAAUUGUCAAGUUGUCCAUGGAAUUUAUACACAGUGCAUUGGUCCUAAGAUUUAUACAAGAAAAGGCCUUUCUUAUGUAGUUGACCAACGUCUGAUGAGUGUCCUUCUAAAGAUCAAUGCAAAGCUUGGUGGGCUGAAUUCGAAGUUCGCAAUUGGAUAUGCCCGUAGCAUUUCUCAAAAACUAAAAGCUGGCUCACUUAUCAUUGGGAUGACGCUCUGCCGUGGCUCUUCUGAUGUUCCAUCUAUUGCUGCGGUUGUUAGUUCCGGAGAGGGGCCACUGAGCGCAAAGUAUAGGGCAUCAGUUCAUACUCAGUCCCCAAAGGUUAAGAUGAUAGCCUCUCUCUUUACCAGAGUUGCUGACAACAAAGAUGAUGGAAUAAUGAGUGAGAUUUUGGAUGACUAUUACAUGAGGUCAGGGAGCAGGAGACCCGAACAAAUCAUUAUAUUUAGGAAUGGUGUUAGCGAAUCACAGUUCAAUCAGGUUCUGAAUUUUGAAUUGAAUCAAAUUAUUGAGGCGUGCAAGUUCAAGGAUGGGAAAUGGUGCCCAAAGUUUGUUGUCAUAAUUGCACAAAAGAGUCGACAUACAAAGUUUUUCCAGCCAACAUCUGCUGACAAUGUCCCCGCUGGAACUGUUGUUGACAAUAAGAUCUGUCAUCCUCGGAACAAUGAUUUCUACUUGUGUGCUCAGGCUGGAAUGGUUGGUACUACAAGGCCAACCCAUUAUCACGUUUUGUUGGAUGAAAUUGGUUUUUCCCCGGAUGAGAUGCAGAAAUUUGUUCAUUUUCUGUGCUACCAGUACCAGGGAAGCACAACUGCUACUUCUGUAGUUGCUCCAAUUCAUUAUGCACGCUUGGCAGCCACUCAGACAAGGAAGUUUACAAUGUACGAUGACACUUCAGAAACGUGUUCAAACCAUGGUGGUGGGACCGUUCAUGAAAAACUGCGAAAUUCCAUGUUCUUUGUCUAAGCUUGAAGAGCGUUUACUCAGUGAAAUACGUAAUGAAGAAUAUCUCUGUAAUAUCUAGUCUCAAGUCUAAACUUGCAAGUAUUCUGAGCACCUAUCCAUGUUCAGGUAGGUAGUUGAUGACAACUUGAAGCCCAUAUUUUUUCAUUACUAUCCUACAAUGAAAUUUAGUAAAAAAAGAGUUUAUACUAAA